GGGCGGGCCUGUCGGCGGACAAUAGAGCUCGGCUGAGCUGCGGUCAGACGCUGAUCUGCGGAGCUCCGAGGCGGCCGCUGCGCAGGUUCGAGUCCCGCAGCUUCUCUCCAGCACUGAGCCGAAGCGGGAGGAGGGGGGUGGGCGCAGUGCGGACGGACUGACAGAAGCACCCGUCUUCAGAGCAGAAGGCCGGCCCGGUCCGGAGCGCCCGCCGCCAGCAUGAGCUCCCACGCCUCCGUCGACAUCCUGGAGGAGCUGCAGCUGAUCGCAGCUCAGAACCUGGAGAAGCUGGACAUCAGCAAGUACUACGAGGUGGUGCGGGAGCUGGGGAAGGGCACCUACGGGAAGGUGGACCUGGUCGUCCACAAGAUGCGAGGAACCAAAAUGGCUCUGAAGUUCCUGCGGAAGAGGACCACCAAGCUGAAGAGCUUCCUGAGGGAGUACAGCGUCUCGCUGUACCUGUCGCCCUGCCCCUUCAUCAUCAACAUGUACGGCAUCGCCUUCCAGACCGACGACUUCUACAUCUUCGCUCAGGAGGUCGCUCUGGCCGGAGACCUCUUCGACAUCAUCCCCCCUCAGGUCGGCCUCCCGGAGUCGGUGACGAAGCGCUGCGUCCACCAGGUGGCGCUGGCCCUGGACUACAUGCACUGUAAGAAGCUGGUCCACCGGGACAUCAAGCCCGAGAACGUCCUCAUCUUUGACGCAGAGUGCAGGAAGGUCAAGCUGUCGGACUUCGGCAUGACGCGGCGCGCCGGCUCUCCGGUGAAGCGUGUGAGCGGCACGAUCCCGUACACGGCGCCCGAGCUGUGCGACACGUCCCGCCACGAGGGCUUCUACGUGGACAACAGCACGGACGUGUGGGCCUUCGGCGUGCUGCUCUUCUGCAUGCUGACCGGAAACUUCCCCUGGGAGAAGGCCAUGCCCGGCGACGCCUUCUACGAGGAGUUUGUGCGUUGGCAGCGCCGCCGGACGGGGACGGUGCCCUCGCAGUGGCGCCGCUUCACGGACGACGCUCUGCGAAUGUUUCGUAGGCUCCUGUCCAUCGAUCAGGACCGCCGCUGCUCCGUCAAGGAAGUCUUCAGCUACUUCAACCAGUGCUGGAUGCUGGACGCCGAGAACAGGACCUGCGGCGGCGGGGCGCCCCCUCUGGACAUCAGCUCGUCUUCGUCUGAGGAAGACGCCUUAGUGGACAGACUAAAGCAUCAGAGUCUGUCACCUGCCUGCGUGGCGGAAACAGGAGGAAUGUCGAUGGACGCCCACUUUUCCUCUGCGUCCACCGGCGGCUCGCCGUCCUCCACCGGCAGCUUCGAGCGAGUAAACCGAGACGGCAACGAACGGGGACGCAUCCUGGUGACCACGCCCAUUGAGAUCUGCGUGUAGAGAUGCCUCCGACCCUUUAAGGUCGCCUGCCGUGACCUACGUGCUGAAGACGAGUGUGAGGACGUGAAGACGCCACACAACGGCGUUGGGCUUGCUGUAGCUGCACUGCAGAUUCACGCACUUCUAAAUAUGAAAUGGAAGGAAGGCGUGAGGAGGCCGUCGCCUGACGUCUGUGGUUCAGUCCGGAACGAUCCACAAACUUGCUCCAUCGCAAAGACAGGAAGAGAUCCACCAGCAGCACGUUCACCGCAGAAUCCGCAUAGAAGGACCGGAUCGGAACCGCGCAGAAAAGGAUGUUUCUGUAAAGUUAGCUUAGCUAUUUAUUCCUCAGAUUAAUAUAUUUUCAGAUCAACAACAACAAAAGUUUGUGUUUAUACUGGAAGCUACCUCCAAACUUCACCGCAUUUAUGUAACCGGGACGCUGAAAUCAACGACUUCGCUUCUAACGAGCCAUUUCCAUAGCAACCACACCAAAAUCCAGGCCAUGCACCUCAAAUGGUGUCAAACGUCAUUUGUUUACGGGACAAUAUCCUGAAUUUGUGUUCUUGGGCGUCGAUCAGAGAAGCUGCAUCAGGGCGAGCUUAAUUUCACGAUUACAGAACAAAAAUGUAAAAAAAGCAACAACAACAAGAAAAAAAACGUUAGCUAAGCUGUAGCUAAAGACAGCGACUCUUCAAAGACACGUUCAUCCAAAACAACAAACUACAUCUUCAUUAAUUCCAUUUUUUUCUUCUAAGGAACUUUGGAAAAUUUACUUUAAGAGGAGAAACACAAAAAUGGCGACUCAAGUUUAUCAGCCUGAGACAUGAAAACAAGCCAAUGAUUGCCAUGGACAACCAUGCUGCAGAUGCUGGGAUUCAGAGUUCAAAUGGUUUUCAGGACUCGAUGAGAGGACUUCACUCAAAGCUGCUUACAGCUUCGUUUGUUUUAUUUAGCCGCAAAAAAAGAAACUUUUUUACUUUUAGUGACGUAGCAAAAAUAGUUUUGGUCAUGUUGUUGAUGUAACGUUUUUGACCCGACGUGUGUGUUUUUGUGAACAGAAAGUAAAUGAACAGUCUGCAGAUUGAAUCCGGACCGCUGCUUCUGUGAGAAUCGGCUCAAAGCAACAGAGAAACUGAAGAAGGAGCAAAGAUGAACGCCUGUUUUCUACCUGCAUGUUUAAAACACAAUAAAAGUCAUGUCCUGAACGGGUGAUGAGACUCCAAAACAAAGAAGCUCUUAAUGUGAAAGGCCAGGUAAAAAUGUGUCAAACAGACUGUUGGAAUUAAAGAGCUUCACAAAUCCAUUCUUUGUCCUUUUUGUCUGUUGCACAAAGUGAAAGUUCUGCUGUGAAAUAAAAACCUUGAACUGAAAAA